AUGGGCCCCCGUACCGACUCCAAAUGCUGCUCCAGGCCCGUAAUCGUCAUGGGCCCCGUACGCCUCCCCAUGCUGCGCCGGGUCCAGAUUGUGUCAUGGGUCCCUGUACGGCCUCCCAUUGCUGAUGCCUCCACCGCCACACUGUGGCUCCACACUUUGGUUUUGGCCCCGUGACUGGCCAAAUGAGUGAAGUGUGCGGUGAUUCUAAGAUCGACGGCACUCAUCUGCAUGUCAUAACUGCCUGACAGUAUUAUUUCUCUUCCCCAGCAGACUCCAAGGGCAUUUAAAUUAAAGGUACAGUGUUCAGCACUAAUAUUA